CAUUUGUCAAUAAACUUUUUUCUGGUCGGUGUCAUGUGUCAAUAACAAAAAUCUAACCUCAAAAGUUACCGUUUUUGUGAUUUCUUUGGAAUUCAGAUUUUUAGCGCUUGAAUUAUUAAAAGGAAUUUUGAUAUUAUAGAUCAAGAGCAUUUCAUGCAUUUGUAGACAUUCAGCAAGUAAAACAUUCCUUUAUAUAUUUAAUUUUUCUCAAAAAUGACUUCCCCGCAAGUAAUGAGUGAAGCUGAUCAAAUUAAAACGUUCAAAGAUUUCUUGGUUCAGUACAAUAAACUGUCAGAACUUUGCUUCAAUGACUGCAUACAUGACUUCACUUCGAGAAAUCUGCGAGCCUCAGAGGACAAAUGCACAGCAAAUUGUAUGGAGAAGUACUUGAGGACCAACCAACGGGUUUCACAAAGGUUCCACGAGUUCCAGAUGAUAGCCAAUGAGAACAUGAUAGCGUUAGCCCAAAAGUCGGGUAAUCCAAGUUAAAGUUUGCUUUUUAAGUUAGUUAUAAUUUUUAUUUUAGUAGUGUUUUCGUUUGAAUGUUGAUUAAUAAAAUGUUGAAUAUUUU